AUGUCGGCUCCGGCCGAGGGGAGCGGGAGCGGGCCCGGGGCUGGGCCCGGGGCCGGGCCGGGCUCCGCGGAGCUCCUGGAGCGCUGCGGGGGCUGCGGGGAGCGGCUGCGGGCGGAGCGGGAGCCGCGGCUCCUCCCGUGCCUGCACUCCCUGUGCGGGGGCUGCCUCCGAGCACCGGCGGGAGGGAGCGGCCUGGAGUGCCCCGUCUGCCACAGCCAGUGCCGGCCCCAGGACGUGGUGGAGAAUUACUUCCUAUGGGAGGGCAGCGCCGAGCCCCCCCCCGGCGGCCAGGGCACCAGCCAGUGCUGCACGAGCUGCGAGGACAACGCGGCGGCCACCAGUUACUGCGUGGAGUGCUCGGAGCCGCUGUGCGGGACGUGCGUGGAGGCGCACCAGCGCGUCAAGUACACCAAGGACCACACCGUGCGCGCCAUGGGCGGCGGCCGCGCCGCGGCGCGCACCCUCUUCUGCCCCGUGCACCGGCAGGAGCCGCUGGCGCUCUUCUGCGCCACGUGCGAGGCGCUCACGUGCCGGGACUGCCAGCUCGGAGCCCACCAGGACCACCGGUACCAGUUCCUGGAGGAGGCCGUGCGGGGGCAGCGGCAGCAGCUCCAGGCGCUGCUCAAGCGGCUCGGGGACAAGCAGGCGGCGCUGCAGCGAGCGGCCCGCGACGUGCGCGCAUUCAUGCGGCGCGUGGCGGAGGUGCAGAAGCGGGUGCAGGUGGAGGUGAAGGUGGCGAUCCUGCAGAUCAUGAAGGAGCUCAACAAGCGGGGCCGGGUGCUGGUCAGCGAUGCUCAGCGCGUCACCGAGGGCCAGCAGGAGAGGUUGGAGCAGCAGCACUGGGCCAUGACCCAGCUGCAGCAGCGGCACGAACACGUCCUGCGCUUCACGUCCUGGGCGCUGCAGAGGGACAACAGCGCUGCAUUGCUGCUCUGCAAGAGGAUGAUCUGCCUGCAGCUUCAGGCCGCCCUCAAGGCCAUGGUGGAGCCGGUGGAGCCCCAGGGGGAGAUGAAAUUCCAAUGGGAUCCCAGCGCCUGGACCCACAGCGCCGAGAGCUUCGGCAGCAUCGUGUCAGAGCGCAGCCUCCCCCCCCCACUUCCAGCCCUCAGCCCCCACGGCUCUGGGGGGUCGCAGGGUGCCCCCCAAGCCGUGGUGGUGAGCAAAGGGCGACCCAGCCCCAUGGCGCAAGGAGGGAGCUCGGCCCCUCGCAGUGGGGCUGAGGAAGGGCUGGGCCCCCCCCCCCCACUUCAGGGACCACUUGGGGGGCAGGGUUUGGGCUGCCCCAACCUUUCCCCCCCACAUCUUUAUCCUGAGAUGGGCGAGAGCGGUGGGGACACGGAGAUGGCAGCCAAUGGCCCCCCCGAAGCUGCUGGCACCGGAAGGAAGAGGAGCUGCCCCCCCGGCUCCCCCCAUCUCCGGAAGGUGCCGCGGGUUCGCCUGGAGCGCCUGGAGCUGGGGCUGGAGCCGGGGGCGGCGCCGCUCUUCCGGGUGCUGCCGGGGGCCUCGGCGCGGGACUUCAGCCUCAUCGUCAUCGAGGGGGCGGAGCCGCGGCCCCCGCCCCCCCCACUCAAGGAGGAGCAACCGGAGGACACGAAGCCCCUUGGCGGCGCCGGCCAUGGGGCAGCCGUGGGGCCGCCCCCCACGUCCUCCAUGCUGGGCUCCGUGUCCUGCUGCCGCGUGUGCCGGCGCGCCGGGGCCGUGGUCAUGUGCGACCGCUGCCAGCGCUGCUUCCACCUCGCCUGCCACCUGCCCGCCCUGCACGAGGUGCCCAGCCCCGAAUGGAAGUGUUUGCUCUGCCAGGACCUGCCCCCCCCAGCCAGGGACCUCACCGAGGGGGCCCCCCAGAAGCUGUGCCCCUCGGACCAGCAGAAGUGUGAGCUGGUCCUGCUGCAGCUCCUAUGCCACGAGCCCUGCCGGCCCCUCCAUCGCCUUUCCAGCUCCACGGAUACCCCCCACCCCAUCGACCUGACCCUCAUACGGGCCCGGCUGCAGGAGAAGCUCACCCCCCAUUACCGCAGCGCCGAGGAGUUCGCCCGCGACACUUGGAGGCUCCUGAGGCAGUUCAGCUCCCAGAGCGAGGAUAAGGAACACGUUCAAUCCAUCCUGGCCUUGCAAAGCUUCAUCGAAUCCCGGCUCAGCGCUGCCUUCGGCGACGGCAAGUUCCCGGCUGCUCGAUUCCUUAUGGAACCCUUGGUCCCUAGGGAUGAGGCUCCGGGCACCCCAAUUCCCCCCCCAUCCUGGUGUUGGGGGGCCCUGAGGCCUUCCCAUGGCAGCCGAAGCGGGUCCGGAAAGAGCCGAAGCUGCUCGGGGCGGCGUUCGGAGAGACCCGAAGUUUUGGGGGGGCGCUUCGGGUCCAACCCCUUUGUCCGGAAAGAGCCGAAGUGGGUCCGGAAAGAGCCGAAGCUGCUCGGGGCUCCCCAUAGAGACACGGUGCGAGGCGCAUUGAACCCGCCCCCGUUCCGGAAACAGCCGAAAACCCGAAGCGCUUCUCAGCGUCCACCCCUCCCGAGCACUGUCCGGAAAGACCCGAAGGGGUCCGGAAAGACCCGAAGAGCUCCGGAAGUAGCCGAAGGGGUCCGGAAAGACCCGAAGAGCUCUGGAAGUAGCCGAAGGGCUCCGGAAGUAGCCGAAGGGGUCCAGAAAGACCCGAACAGCUCCGGAAGUAGCCGAAGGGCUCCGGAAGUAGCCGAAAGGGUUCCGGAAAGACCCGAAGGGGACCGGAAAGACCCGAAGGGGACCGGAAAGACCCGAAGGGCUCCGGAAGUAGCCGAAGGGUUCCGGAAAGAACCGAAGAGGUCCGGAAGUAGCCGAAGGGCUCCAGAAGUCGCCGAAAGGCUCCGGAAAGACCCGAACAGCUCCGAAAGUAGCCGAAGGGCUCCCGAAGUAGCCGAAGAGCUCCGGAAGUAG